UUGAUUUUCUCCUAUUUUUGUCACUUUCCACAUACGAUUGAUGAAGUUAUGGUUGAUUUUAGUGUUUGUGCUGUAUUGCCCGCUGGUGGGUCGGGUCAGAGGAUGGCCAUGCCAACUCCAAAACAAUACUGCAGUGUCCAAGGAAGGGAACUUUUCCUAUACACAGUGGAUGCAUUUGAAAGUGCCUCCUGGAUAGAGAAAGUUGUGCUCGUGGUCAGUCAAGACCGAAUAGACUUUGUCAAAACAUUACUGGAGGAGAAUGGACAUAAGAGGACGGUUGUUGUGGAAGGUGGUUCAUCUAGACAUCACUCUAUCAGGAAAGGAGUAAAUGCACUUGCUUCCAAACUAAAUGGACAACAGACUCCUGAUGUCGUGCUCAUCCAUGAUGUGGUGAGGCCAUUUCUGCAGGAGGAGAUUCUCAGGGAGGUGGCUGUGGCUGCUAGAGACCAUGGGGCAGCUGGAGCAAUCAAACCUUUGGUAUCAACUGUUGUUGCCAGGGAUGCAGAUGGAUUUCUGGAAUGCUCUCUGGAUCGGUCAAAAUAUCGAGCAAGCGAGAUGCCACAGGGGUUUCGCUUUGAUGUAAUACACACAGCUUAUAAAAAGUGCAAUGACCAUGAUAUGGAAUAUGGUACCGAGUGCCUUCAUCUUGCCCAAAAAUACUCCGGGGUCACUCCAAUAUUGGUGGAAACCUCAUAUGAUCUGUGGAAGGUCACAUAUCCUAAAGACCUUUAUGCUGCAGAAGGAAUAAUUAAAAGUAGGAUGAAAAGCACUGCCAUAAUAUCAACUGAAGACACAGACGUUCUCUCAGAGCUAACGAGCCUUUUAAAAUUGGAUCUUAGUCAGGUGGAAGUCUUCAAUGAACUUAGCACCAUUCCAGAACUCUUUCAGGAUUCAAUCAUUGCUCUAUCGAGUUAUAAAAACAUUCCUACAGUCACAGAACGCUGUCGAAAAUAUCUUCGACCUGGUGCCAUUUUGGUGCAUGUAUGUUUUCUGAACAAUCAACUUGACUCAAAUGAUUCUGUUGAUCUACUACGGAUGAUGGAACUUUUCAGAGGAGAGAAUCAACCAUGCAUUAUUGUGAAUGUUGUUGUCUGCAAGAAGUCAAGUUGUCUGCAGAAUGUCGCCAAAGUUCUCUCGAGCCUUAUCAUUGAUCAUAGGGUGGAAUACUCAGGACAAGUGUUUUUCUGCUGAAUGAUAUCAUGGAUCAGCUAUGGUGCUCCUCCUCCUGCAUUUGAUAUGCAGCGGUGAUGAUAUAUUGCAUUCCUUUUUUGGGAGGUGUGCAAUUUACAAGGACGUGAAUUUUCAGUGUGUUCAGCUAGCUGCUUGAAAACCUGGGCAUGGUAUCAUAAACUGGUGCAUGUUGUUACUUAGAUAGAAAGCUGACGGGUCAAAUGUAUGAAGACAGGUCAAAUCGUAGCCCUUGGAAUUUAUUGUACAUUUGGAUCUUUUACUGGAUAUGACACAUUACACCGAGUGCACAACCAAAGCAGGGUCAGGCCAAGCUCUGCCUUGCACCACAGGGUAAGGUAGGGUUCCACAUGACAAUUUGAAUGAUGUGGUUUCCUUAUCCAUUGUGCUGACUCUGGAAAUCAAUGGCUGUGUAAUGACUCUCUUGUUCCAUUUUAUCAAUUAUGGUAAAUCUGCACACUGUUGUUGUCUGCCACGUGUUGAACAAAUGAACUUUUUUAAACAUUUUUCUCAUUU